AUGAUACAGCUCCGCGGCCAUGGUUCGUGGAAGGAAUGGCACAAAUUCGUGCUGGUCCAGUUAGACAUGAUGGGUCUUCGGCAUCUUCUUAACGCCGAUUUGCGGCCGAUGAGCGGCGCUGAACAUUAUCAGUACGCUGGGGAACAGAACCGAGCAGUACAGCUGUUGGUCCAGAACAUGUCGGAGCAGGUUCUGCAGAGACUUUGGAACAGCGGAUGGGAGAUAACCGGUGCCACGCUCAAGAACACGCUUGCGCUUUUGGCCGACCUGCUCGCGGAGCCGGAGCGCCAUCCGCAGCAGAGCUACGAGGCGCACCGGGACAUUGUCGACAUGACGCGGAUAGAUCUGGCACCCACGUCCAACGGGCUCGAUCAGUACUUAAAAGACGCACAGCAGUGCCACCUGCGGCUGCUCGCACGUUACGGCGGGGAAAACGGGAGCGUCGAGGAGCUGCUUGAGCACCUCUUCACGUCGUCGGUGAUGGAAGGUCUCAAAGCAGCCCAGCCCACCAACUACACACAAUGGAUGCUCGAGCUGGACCGGGCGACGCAGUCAAAGUUUGUGACGCAGCUCGUAUUGCUCGUCAAAUAUCCAUUCCUGGAUAUUCCAGGCCGACAAGGGUACUUUGCCGCGCUGGCAGAGGCGCCAAGACGACUCAGAGAUCAGGAACGAAGCAAGUGGCAGAGACGGCGUGCUCGUCGUGCAGCAGAGCGAAGCCGCGCAGCGUGGCGACUAUCGCCCUGCGUGCCUUACCAUAAGCGAUAUCGAGGUAAAGACUAUCCGGAUCGUUACCGGCCACGUUACGAUAAUACGAUGGAAGAGGUAAAGGGCCAUGAUGGCUCUUGUAUGGUGGACGAGAUACUGUAA